UACUUUUUUUUUUUUCAUCCUCUCUGGUCCGUCUUGUGUUGGUAACAAAAUAACUGGAAGACGAAAAAAACAGUUAUUAAGUUUUGCAAGAAUCAAAGAAACUCUUUUUUUUUUUUAAAUCAGUUCAGAGAUGGAGCUGCAGCUUCCUCCUCAUGAGGGAGUCGAGCUCUCUGUGGUCGACAUGCACACAGGAGGGGAACCUCUCCGCAUCAUUGUCGCCGGCUACCCAGAGGUCAGAGGUGACAGUGUGCUCUCAAAGCGCAGGUACGCCCGCGAACACCUGGACCACCUCAGGAAGGUGCUGAUGUUCGAACCCCGGGGUCACUACGACAUGUACGGGGCCUUGAUCGUGGACAGCGAGACGCCCGAGGCCGACCUGGGGGUGCUGUUCAUGCACAACGAGGGCUACAGCACGAUGUGCGGACAUGCCGUCAUCGCCCUGGGUCGCUUCGCCGUGGACUACAAGCUGGUGAAGGAGCCGCUGUCGCCGGAGACACAGGUGAACAUCCACUGCCCCUGUGGGCUGGUGAAGGCCUUUGUGGAGUACUCUGCUGGUAAAACAGGAGCGGUGAGGUUUCUGAGUGUGCCGGCGUUUGCCUUUGCAACAGAUGUGACGGUGACAGUAGAGGGGUUUGGUGAGGUGAUGGUGGACAUCAGCUACGGAGGCGCUUUUUACGCCUUUGUUGAUGCACAGAGGUUUGGUCUGGAUGUGAAGCAGUCCAGGACUCGGGAUCUGGUGGACGCAGCAACGGCGGUGACCAGAGCUAUUAAAUCCCAGGUGAAGCUGCACCAUCCAGUUAGCGACGACCUGGCGUUCCUUUACGGCACCAUCCUCACAGACGGCAGAGACCAGUUCUCACCUGAGCCCACCGCCAACAUCUGCGUGUUCGCCGAAGCUCAGGUGGACCGAAGCCCUACUGGUUCGGGUGUUACAGCUCGAGUUGCUCUUCAGUACCACAAAGGUCUCAUCCAGCUGAACCAGACCAGGACGUUUCAGAGCGGCGCCACCGGAUCCCAGUUUACAGGAAAAGCUGUUGAGGAGACCAGAUGCGGAGACUUCAGGGCAGUUGUGGUGGAAGUAGCCGGCCGUGCUUUCUACACCGGAGUUUCACGCUUCGUCCAGGAGCCGCAAGACGAGCUGACCCACGGGUUUCUGCUGAAGUGAACGUUGUCGUCGACAGAGGGGAUUUCACUUCCUUCAUGGUGAAAGCGUUUGGAAUAUUACAGGCAUGCACCAAGACGAUACAAGCAGCAAAUGUGUGGAUUUGUCACUAAAAUAAAGUGACAAAAAGCAAUUUGGCAACAAAAAGAAAAAGUUAAAUCUUGGUGAAAAUUAGAAAAUGCAGUG